CAACUCUCGACUCAUCUUAUUGCCGCGUUCGCCGAAAGGAAAGCGGGAAUAUUUUAAAAUCUUAUUGCCGUAUUCGACAAUUGAAAUUAAAGCUCUUAAAAACUAAAUUUUCUUUUUUUUUUAGUUCUGUAACUUUAUUUUUCAACUCCCAAAUACUUUCACUAUGUUUGUUUACAAACGAGAUGGCCGUAAAGAAAAUGUCAUGUUUGACAAAAUUACUUCUCGAAUUCAAAAACUGUGCUAUGGGCUACACAUGGAUUUCAUAGAUCCGGCUGCUAUUACUAUGAAAGUAAUAAGUGGCUUGUAUCCUGGGGUCACUACAGUUGAACUAGAUAACCUAGCUGCUGAAAUUGCUGCUACUAUGACUACAAAGCAUCCAGACUAUGCUAUUCUUGCUGCUCGAAUUGCCAUCUCCAAUCUGCAUAAAGAAACGAAGAAAACAUUUAGCAGUGUGAUUGAAGAUUUAUAUAAUAUGAUAAAUGAGAAAUCUGGGAAAAAAUCCCCUAUGAUUUCUGAUCAUAUUUAUAAUGUUAUCAUGGAAAAUGCAGAGAAACUGAACUCUGCUAUAAUUUAUGAUAGAGACUUCAAUUAUAACUAUUUUGGUUUCAAGACUUUGGAACGUUCUUAUCUGUUGAAAAUCAAUAAAAAAGUGGUUGAACGACCACAGCAUAUGUUGAUGAGAGUGUCUGUUGGUAUUCAUUCUGAUGAUAUUGAUGCUGCCAUUGAAACGUAUCAUUUAAUGUCAGAGAAAUGGUUCACACAUGCCUCCCCUACGCUCUUCAAUUCUGGAACACCAAAACCCCAACUCUCCAGUGAAACUUUGGAACGUUCUUAUCUGUUGAAAAUAAACAAAAAAGUCGUUGAACGACCACAGCAUAUGUUGAUGAGAGUAUCGGUUGGUAUUCAUUCUGAUGAUAUUGAUGCUGCCAUUGAAACAUAUCAUUUAAUGUCAGAGAAAUGGUUCACGCAUGCCUCCCCUACACUUUUCAAUUCUGGAACACCAAAACCCCAACUCUCCAGCUGUUUCCUUCUCACUAUGGAGGGUGAUAGCAUUGAAGGUAUCUAUGACACUUUGAAAAAGUGUGCUUUAAUAUCUAAAUCUGCUGGAGGCAUUGGAGUAAAUGUACACUGUAUUAGAGCUACUGGAAGCUACAUUGCUGGUACUAAUGGAACUUCAAAUGGUCUUGUACCUAUGUUAAGAGUUUUUAACAAUACAGCUCGCUAUGUAGAUCAAGGAGGAAAUAAGAGGCCUGGAGCUUUUGCUAUUUACUUAGAGCCUUGGCAUGCUGAUAUUUUUGACUUCCUUGAUUUGAAAAAGAACACUGGCAAAGAGGAACAACGUGCAAGAGAUUUGUUUUAUGCAUUGUGGAUACCUGAUUUAUUUAUGCAGAGGGUUGAAAAGGAUGAAAUGUGGAGUCUUAUGUGCCCUGAUGAAUCACCUGGGCUCCAUGAUUGCUGGGGUGAAGAAUUUGAACAGCUUUAUUUAAAAUAUAAGGUUGCAGUAUGCAAUUUAGCCUCCAUUGCUCUUAAUAGAUAUGUGAAAGAUGGAGAAUUUGAUUUUAGCAAGCUGAAAGAAGUGACCAAAGUUAUCACUGUUAACCUAAACAAAAUCAUAGAUGUAAAUUAUUAUCCUGUUCCGCAGGCGGAAAAAUCAAAUAAACGUCAUAGGCCCAUUGGAAUAGGAGUUCAAGGCUUAGCGGACGCUUUUAUUCUGAUGAGAUAUCCAUUUGAUAGUGAAGAAGCUCAAAAGCUAAAUGCAGACAUUUUUGAAACCAUUUAUUUUGCCGCUUUAGAGGCAAGCUGUGAACUAGCCGAAAAGUACGGAACAUACGAGACAUAUGAAGGUUGUCCAGUUUCUAAAGGAAUUCUCCAACAUGAUAUGUGGGGUGUGACACCAUCAGAUAGAUGGAAUUGGGCUGAACUUAGAGAAAAAAUUGCAAAGCAUGGUGUUAGAAAUAGUUUGUUAUUAGCGCCUAUGCCAACUGCAUCAACAGCUCAGAUUCUUGGAAAUAAUGAAUCAAUUGAACCUUACACAAGUAAUAUCUACACUAGAAGAGUCUUAUCUGGUGAAUUCCAGGUAGUUAAUCAUCAUCUGUUAAAAGAUUUAACGGAUCUAAAUCUUUGGGAUGAAAACAUGAAAAAUAGACUUAUUGCAAGCAAUGGUUCAAUUCAAAAAAUUGAUGGCAUUCCGGAAGAUUUGAAAAAGCUGUACCGUACUGUCUGGGAAAUUCCUCAGAAAAAUAUAUUGAAAAUGGCUGCUGAUAGAGGAGCUUACAUCGAUCAAAGCCAGUCCUUGAAUGUGCAUAUUGCUGAACCUAAUUAUGGAAAGAUCACAAGCAUGCAUUUCUACGGCUGGCAUCUGGGCUUGAAAACUGGAAUGUAUUAUUUGCGUACUAAGCCUGCUGUUAAUGCCAUUCAGUUCACUGUUGAUAAGAAAGCCCUUAAAGCAAAUGGAGUAUCGUCUCCUACCUCCAAUAUGAAGAAAAAACAGAUAGCUGACAUGGUCUGUUCAUUACAAAACAAAGAAGCCUGUCUCAGUUGUAGCGGCUGAUCUUCUUGGAUUUCUAAGGAUUGAUAAUUUUUUAAUCAUCCCAAAUUCUUUUCUACCUGUAUCUGCAACAACAACAAAAAAUUAUCGCCGAUUCCAAAGAUAUUGAUUGUGAGUUUUAUAAUUCAGCAUCAAUAAUGUUAAUUUAAAUGCUUUGUAAAUAUAUUUAAUGAUUCAGUCUAGAAGGAACGAAGCCUGUGAUUGAUGUUAGGUGCCAAGAUCUGAUUAGGAAUUUUAUUGUGUAAGUUAAGGCUUUUACGAAAAGCAUUGAUUGUGUUAUUAUGAAUUUACUAAUUUUAAAAUUCUUAAAAAAUGCUGUCCUUUUUUAGAUGCUAAAAGCUUUUACCAAUCAGUAUUUAUUAUAAUUAUGUUCUAAGGAUUUUUGUGUGAAAUUUUUACUGUUCUAGCAAAUAUGUGAAAAAAAUUGUUUUGCCAGAAAAAUUAAUUUAUUAUGCUUGAUGCAUUUUUAAUUUUCUGAUUUUGUAAAAUUUGCAUAGUAUCUUUUAAGAUUGUCUGUGCCUUAUGUGUUUUGUAUCACUUUUAAGUAUGACAAAUAAAAUAAUUAGACAUGUUCAUAA